ACUCCCACAAGCAGCUCCCAACUCCCACAAGCAGCUCCCAACAACUCCCACAGGCAGCUCCCAGCUCCCAACUCCCACAAGCAGCUCCAUCAUGAACAACGACGCUGAUGCCGUACUUGCCCUACUCUGGCAACGCUACCGCGGCACUGCCUUGGCUACAGGCAAUGAUUCGACCCAAACUAUCCAGGUGCUGAGUACCAUCGCAAAACAUCUGACUCAGACGAAGCACUUGUCAUGUGCAGUUCGGGUAAUGGAUGUCGCAUAUAUCCGCUGUGUUGAGAGAUACGGCGCCACCUCAGUCGAAACAUUUGAACGACUGAAUGAACUCAUGGCCGCAUACAAUGCGGUGAAAGAUCCCAUGGGACACCAAGCAGCAGAGGCGAUAUUCAACCUCCAGAUCGACAACCUAGGUCCUGAUCAUCCCCAUACGAAGGCCUUAGCGGAGGCAUGCGAGGGACUCAAAGAGGAGUAUCAGUUCAACGAGGAUCUCAAGCUCAAUCUUCAGAAAGAGAUCAACCAAUAUCAAGAGUGGAAGGCCGGCAGAACUGAGGAAGAGAUGAGAGCUGAAGUCGGAGAUGAAACAUAUGAAGAAAAGUCUGAGAGAUAUGACGAGGCCCUGAUGCGCUCCGAGAUGGCCGAUGAUGGUGAUGUUUGCCAGCAGCCGGGGAAGUGUAAGGACAGGGCAUUUGGGGAUGUUUUUGGAGCCGUUCUCAUCAUGACAAAACAUUUCAUCCCUGAGGACCGUUGGUCAUAUAGAUAUGACAUAGCACCGUUUAUGACGGACAAAAUGCGUUCUUGGGUGAAGUAGGAUAGAGCAAGACAUAGGUUUCAUAUUUCAAAAACUGAG